ACGAGCGAUUUCCUUGCUUGCCAUUAGCCGCUGGAGUCUGGCAGCGACAGUUCACACUCCGAAUCACUUUCCCGGGCGGGCCUUUGUCACGUUUAGAGCGCUGUAGGCGAAUCCCGUGUCGCGCCCCCGCAUGGCGGAAUUGACCGUGUGGAAAAUCCCGUGAAAAUUGUGUUGAUUUUUCCUGUGCACAGUGAGUGAGGAUGCCGUCAAGCGGAGAUGAUAUUGCUGAUCUUCUCUACAUUGACGUGGCAGACAGAAAUGAGUACGGAGACUCGGUGUUCCCGGACACGCCGGGCAGUGCCAAUGGCACUGGCGAGAGCAUGGACUUCGGCUGUCCGGCGUCGCCCACAACAGUGCCCCAUCAGUCCUGGAAGGGCCCGCAGGCCCGCUCGCCGCGGCCCCGGCGCCAGCGCACGACAUCCAUGAACCAGACGACGACCAUCAGCUCGUCUGAGUCGAUCAUCCGCGCCCACAAUCGCACCAUCUACACAGCCGGCCGGCCGCCGUGGUACAACUACGCCGGCCAGCAAGUGGAGCCCUUCGUCAUCGGCAUCUGCGGCGGCUCGGCGUCCGGCAAGACGACGGUGGCGCAGAAGAUCAUCGAGAGUCUGGACGUGCCCUGGGUCACGCUGCUCUCCAUGGACUGCUUCUACAAGAUCCUCAACGAGAAGCAGCACCAGCAGGCCGGCGAUAACGAAUACAACUUCGACCAUCCCGACGCCUUCGACUUGGAGCUGAUGGUGGAAAUGUUGAAGAAGCUGAAGGAGGGCCGCAAAGUGGAAGUUCCUGUGUAUAACUUUGUCACCCAUUCGCGUGAAUUGACAACCAAAACAAUGUAUGGCGCUAACGUGAUCAUAUUUGAGGGCAUUCUCGUGUUUCACAGUCCGGAGAUCCUCAAGAUGCUGGACAUGAAGGUGUUCGUGGACACGGACGCCGACGUGAGGCUGGCGCGGCGCCUCAAGAGGGACAUCAGCCAGCGCGGCCGCGACCUGGAGGGCGUCCUUAAGCAGUACUCGACGAUGGUGCAGCCGUCGUAUGUCAACUACAUCGCGCCGAGCAUGGCGCACGCGGACAUCAUCGUGCCGCGCGGCGGCGAGAACAAAGUGGCCAUACAACUUAUUGUGCAGCACGUGCACACGCAACUGCAGCUGCGCGGCUUCAAGCUGAGGGAGACGCUGGCCCAGUCCGGAGCCAUGGGACAGCCCAUGCCGGACUCCCUGCAUUUACUGCCGUCGACGCCGCAAGUGAAGGGUCUGCACACGUUCAUCCGCAACCACGCGACGCCCCGUGAUGAGUUCAUAUUCUACUCGAAGCGCCUCAUCAGGCUGGUGAUCGAGUACGCGCUGGGCUUCCUGCCGUUCAAGGACGUGAGUGUGGAGACGCCGCAGGGCGUCUCGUACAGCGGCAAGCGGCUGGGCAGCGAAAAGUUGUGCGGCGUGUCGAUUCUCAGGGCGGGCGAGACGAUGGAGCAGGCGGUGUGCGAUGUCUGCAAGGACAUCCGCAUAGGGAAGAUUCUCAUUCAGACAAAUCAGACCACCGGGGAGCCGGAACUGUACUACUUACGAUUGCCAAAGGACAUCAAAGACUACCAUGUGAUCCUGAUGGACGCCACCGUGGCGACCGGAGCCGCUGCCAUGAUGGCCAUCCGGGUGCUGCUGGACCACGACGUGCCGGAGGAGAACAUCCUGCUGGUGUCGCUGCUUAUGGCUGGCAUCGGCGUGCACUCCAUUGCGUACGCCUUCCCAAAGGUGCGCAUCGUCACGUCGGCCAUCGAUCCAGAGAUCAAUGAAAAGUUCUACGUGAUUCCGGGCAUCGGCAACUUUGGCGACAGGUACUUCGGCACAGAGCCGUCGCUGUAGCCGCGCGAGCGCCCCUUAGAUUUACUUACUGUGUCAUUUCGUUCAUUUUUACCAUCAAUCACAGAUUUGUAGCACACACACAAAGCAAUUCUUUUUUUUUAUCAAUAUAUCUUCGAGGAAAUUGUAAUUAAUCGAAGGAAUAAAAGUGAAAGAUUGAA